AUGAAUUACGGUACAAUCCCCAAUGUGGUUUCAGCCGACGGCAAUUCAAGCGGCCCCAACAAAAAAUCAACAUGUACUUAUAUUGCCGAAUUCCUCGAAUCCCGUGCAAUGCAAUGGAUUAUCUUAAUUUUGGUAACCGUGGACGUGCUCGCUCUAAUGGUCAUAACUAUAAUCAAAUUAUUUCAUCCGGAUGACACCUCCCUCAUAGGACUCUUAUCAAACUUGAUAUUCGUUAUCAACACUGGUUUUCUAGUUGAGAUGCUUCUAAGAUUUAUCGUAUUUGGCCCAACCUAUUUUUACAAUGGCAAGUAUGGCCCUUUACAUGGUUUGGACAUGUUGAUAGUCCUUGCAACCUUCGGUUUUGAACUCCUCUUUGAGGAUAAAGAUAAAGAAGUGGUCGAAUUAUUAUUGUUGUUACGGUUUUGGCGUAUAAUAAAGAUAUGGAAUGUAGAAAAGAUUGACCACAACGAAUUACCAGAACGUCCUGCUUUUCAUGUUAUAUUCGUUAUGGAUCGAGGGGGCUCGAUGGGUGCUUCUGAUAUCACACCGCAGAAAAAUUCUCGUAAUUACAACUACUUACGAUCCUUUCAUAACAAUCGUCUUGGUGCUGCGUACGAUGCGGUUUGUUCAUUCAUGGAAACUCGAUUGCACACAUAUCAACAAUCCGUAGGAUCUCCGUUGAUUGCUAAACAGGAUAUGGUAUCGCUUGUCAUUUUCGAUGAUAAAGUAGAUGUAGCCUUCGAAAACAAAAGCUUGGACGUCAAUUUACUCUUUGACAAGAUGCUUGAAUAUAAAGCCACAAAAGGCCGUUCCGAUUAUAUUGUCGCCAUUAAUAAAGUAGACGAAAUUGUCACCAAACAUUUUGAUGCCAAAAGGUUAAACGUUGUAAUCUUUCUCUCGGAUGGGGAAGUGGAAUUGCCCAAACUUAACAACUUGGACUCGGUUUGUAAACGCAAUGCCGAAAGGGGUUCGUCACUAUAUCUCUAUACUGUACAUAUUGGUCCGGAUACCGGACACUACGCAUUGGAAAUGAUGUCCGACGUCGCGAAAACUUAUAACCCACCGGACCACUUAUCUUCUCAGGUUUCAAUGGUCAUGGACGAGGUUAUGUUAAAAAACCUUCUCAUUAGGAUGGCGAUUGUUUUACAAGAUCAAAAGGCGGUAAUGCCAGAGAAACGUUGGUGGAUAGUUCAGGUUACGAGAAAGCUGUGUGGCGCUUCUAGCUGA